GCUGGGAAUGAUUGGGACGAUUCGACCGGAACUCGAGUCCAGAGAUGCCGUCGAAUGGCGGCCUUUGUCGAGCGAAAUAGAGACAGGAGGCCCUACCUUUGUUACAGGGGAAAUCGAUGUCCUCGACGUUACCCGAGCACUGGAUCAUCGAAUCCCUCUCCCAAUCGGCCACCUACUCUCCAUUUCGGAAUAGGCGAACGAACGUAUGAUGCAGCAUUGCAAAGCGAACCGGAAGCGAUUUGCCCUUGCACACGCAAAAGAUCAGAAGGCGAAGGCGCCGACUUCGGAGGAAAAGGCGGUCGUCGCCCCUGACCCCAUCCGAGUCGGAUUGAUAGAGAAAGAUGACCACUUUCUUCGAAUCAAGCCGAUUCUGUGGAAGUCAACCGAAUGUGAUAUUGAAGUUUGGGGAGUGCCGUAUAGUGCGAUCAUAGAUUCGGGAGCGGCUGUCCUAGCGAUAUCACUCCGAGUAGUCGAGAGAGCGGGUAGGAAGAAUGAUUUGAUUAUGCUAACCGAGAAGGACCAGCUCGUAUCGGCUGACGAGGAGAAGAUCAAGACAAUAGGACGAAUGACGAAUGUCGCGUUCCGAUUGGGAAAAGUGCAUGCUUUAGGAGAUGUUGUCGUGCUGGAUGUGAAUAUGUAUGACGUUCUUUUCGGGCUUCCGACAUCGGUGGCGCUGGGUGCUAAUGUAGACUUUGAACGCCGAUCCGUCAUUCUCCGGAAUACCGGGGGAAAGCCAUAUGUAAUACCCAUGAGACUAACUCUUCGAACGUCGGUUAAGGUAGUACCCCGAAUUUCUCCGGAAACAAUGGGGGCGCUCCGCAUGGUCUCCUGGAGUGCACCUGUGGACGGAGGUCAAUCAUCGAACGACGCGGGGAGCGACGACGAUGACGAUCAAGUCAUUACACGAUUAGUACGGCAGCGGAUUCACUACCCGCCGCCUCGCACUAUUGCACGUACCAUGCAUCUAAUCGCAUGGAAUGCUCAUAUGAUGAUCAUGGGAGAACCCCUCGUACAGAUUUUGAGGCUGGUUGAUUCCUUGGAACCCCCUCGGACCCUGUACGAAGGCGUAUCUCCCCUUCUCCUUCGGUAUAGUGACAAACGUUCCUUUUGGGAUCUCACUAGCUUACCUCGAUCCCUGCUUCAGCCCGCAAAAGAGGUUCAGUUGUUGCAUUUGGGAGCCGAAGCAGGUUCUUUGGAACCCCCUCAGCGCAUCGAGGCAAGAUCCGAUGAACUCGGGAUCAAAAUCUCGUCCAAAAGCGUGCCCUGGCGAGACAUCUGUGACGGGAUAACCCUCGAAGGUCAUACAACGAUCAGGGAGGAGGAAUCACAGAUGGUGGCCACUGUGUUUUCUUGGAGAUCGGAUCACUCUUUUAUAUCUGCACCGCCUGACACUACUCGGUGUGUACACACGAAGCAGGUUAACGUUCGGAUUUUGGAUCAAAUGUAUGAAUUGCAUUUGCCCCAGUAUGUACCUGAUGAGAUCCAUCGGUUGAUCGCUGAUAUUUUAAUAGAGUAUCAAGGGGCGAUUAGCGUGUUCGAUGUCGAUAUUGGGUUAUCUGUGGUCGUUCAGCAUGAGAUUCAGACCGGGAAUCAUUCCCCGAUCCACUGCAAGCCGUACCGAUACUCGUUGACAGAGCGCAAGACGGCMUUGCAGCGAAUCAGGGAAUUUGAGGCAAACRGAUGGAUYGAGCYUGCCACCGGUCCCUGGUCRUUCCCAGUUGUAUUGGUUCCUAAAAAGAACGGGUCAGUCCGCAUAUGCAUCGAUUAUCGAAAGCUAAAUGAUAUCACGAUUAAAGAUGUGUAUCCCCUUCCCCGGAUUGAUGAUCUGCUUGAUGCGAUCGGGUGUGCUAACUACUUCACCAAGUUCGACAUUCGGUAUGGGUUUCAUCAUACCUUGGUGAAGGAAGAAGAUCGGCCCAAGACCGCCUUCGUUUUGUUUGAAGGCACGUGGCAGUGGGUUCGGUGCCCGAUGGGAAUCUGCAAUGCGCCUGCCACGUUUCAGAGGGCGAUGAACGUGACUUUUCAGAAUUUCAUCAAUAAGACACGGCUGACUCAAGGGAUGAUUAACUUCUGCGUCAUUGUGUACAUGGACGACAUUGUGGUGUACUCGGACACGUUUCACGGACAUGCGCAGCACAUCGAAUGGACGUUGGGUGCGUUGAGAGACGCAGGUUUCAAGAUUGCGCUGGAAAAAAGUGAUUUUUUCCUCCCGGAAAUCUCAUUCUUGGGGUAUGUGGUGACACGAGGAGGCCUGUGGCCGGACUCACAAAAAGUCGCGGCGGUCAAAGAGGCCCCGGUUCCGACCUCACUGACGCAGAUUCGAGCCUUCUUGGGUCUGGCCUCGUAUUACCGGCGGUUCAUCAAGAGGUUCGCGGCUAUAGCAAGGCCUCUGACAAACCUGCUGCGAAAAGAACAGCCCCUUCAUUGGGAUGACGAGUGCGACCAGGCCUUCGGGGCCCUGAAGGAUGCUCUCGUCACGGCCCCGAUUCUGAUUCGACCGGACCCCUCUCGACAGUUUAUUCUCAUCACCGACUGGCAGCCGGAGGCUAUCUCGGCCAUUCUGGCACAGAAGGGAAACGAUGGGAAGGAGCAUGUCAUCGAGUACGCUUCCCGGACGGUGUCAGACGAGCGACGAAACGAUUCCGCGCCACAAGGAGAAUGCUAUGCGGUAGUGUGGGGUAUCCAGCACUUCCAUCUGUAUUUGUACGGUCAAAAGUUUCUGCUCAUCACCGACCAUGAACCUUUGUUGGCUCUGAAAAAGCUAACCAACUACACGGGCAUGAUCGGACGAUGGGCAGUGCGGUUGCAAGAGUAUGAAUUUGACAUUGCCCAUCGAAAAACGGAGAGACACGGCAACGCAGACGGACUGACACGUUUGCACCGACCCGAUAAAGUACCAAAGGCGGAAGAAAUCACACCGUGGAAGGACCCGGACAUCAAUAACGGUCCAAAGUACGGAGAAGUUGUGGUUAUUCCACGUGGCAAGAAGCCGGCGUGGCGGAUGGAAGUAGAGGGGGACCUUCUCGGUUUUCUGUUCGGGUCAGUGCGUCCAGGCUGUCGGAGGCUUCUCACCAAGGAGCUUACGGUCCCGAUUGCGCAGCUGGCCGACGAUCUUGACGUCAGCAUUGUCUCCCAGGUCGACCCGUGCUUGGUGCCCCACGUCACCUCGUGCACGCUGUCGCCGUAUCUUCAGUGGUCAGCUUGCGUGGAGGGCUUCCCAUCGAGAAUUCCGCCUUUACGGUUGAAUUAUUUGGAUCCGCGCGACAUCGUGGAUCCCGCUUUCUACAGACCGCCGUACGAGGACGAAUUGGAGGAGAUAAUCCGCGAGGAGCUCACGGAAGAAAGUUCGGAGGAAGAGGAGGAGAAUCCGAACGACGACGAAGGGGAGCCAGCACAGCAGCAAGAAGGAGAAGAAGACGAGCUCCUGCAAACGGAGACCGAAGAGGAAGCAGAAGAAGAAGACAGCGAGCAAGGGAGCGGUGACAACAACGACGAGGAGCACGCCGACGAGGAUCCCCAGCUAGAAAUUGCGGCGGUUGCUGAUCUUCCGAUCAGCAACGAUCCAACGCUCGAGCCGGAGCCACCUCGGCCAGACGACGGCGAUGUGGCCCAGAUGGCUGGGCCGUCCGUUCGCCGGCCUCCUUCCCCACCGCGACACCGACGACGAAGCCGCUCCCCCUCCGCCUCCCUCUCCCUCGCGGCCCGUCCCGCACUUCGAGCACGUCGAGAUGAGGCCGACCGGUCUUCGUCCUCGGGCUCUCUCUCUCCGACCCCAUGACUUCCUCACCCUGCGCCAGCUCACCCGUU